AUAAAAACAGUCCAAUUAACGGAAGCUUAAAUUAAAUAUAAUGUAUUUUCCAUUUGGGUCCUUAGCAAUAAUCAUUCUAAGCCUUUCAAAUUACUCGCAGGCGGCACGCAUAUUGGGUGUUUUCCCCUCACCCUUUAAAUCACAUCUUAUCAUACAUUCUGCUAUCGCUGAAACUUUAGCUGCUGCUGGUCAUAAUGUUACCAUUAUGGGUUCAUUUCCUAAUGUUUUGCCUCAGGCUAAAUACGAGUAUAUACUCUUAGAGGGCAAACAAUUGGAUGCGAACUUUGUAACUAAGACUAUAGAGAAUCCCGACUCCACGCACAAAAAGUUUAACAAUAUGAUUGGUGUGGCCAUGAAAAGUGCCAAUUAUAGUUUGAAUCAUCCAAAAAUGAAGAAGUUUUUGAGCCAACACCAAGCAGGUGAUUUUGAUCUUGUGAUAUUGGGUUAUUUUAUGAAUGAUUUUUUAUUGGGUUUAGGGGCCCACUUUCAAUGCCCCAUCAUUAUUUCGUUUAUGAUAAGACCCCUAUUUGCCAUAGAUACUAUAGUGGGAAAUCCUGAAGAGCCGGCCUAUGUACCCACUGUUUUCAGUAAUCUGAAAGAGCCCUUGGAUUUUGGGGAUCGCGUUCUCAAUUACUUGGCCAACUUUGUUGAGCACAAUAUAAUGGAGAAGGCAAUGAGGAGGAAAAUGCAGGAAAUUUAUAAGUAAGUGGAAGAAAUUAUAUGAAACUUAAGAAAAUAUUCUCUCAGAACUAGAACAGAACUAUAACAGAACUAGAACAGAACU